AUGGAGCACUUCGCACCGCAUGGAAAUAUGCUGCGGCCGACGAAUGGGACUCUCCAGACGACUACAAGGUCGUCCUCGAUUGUGCCGAAGAAAUACGAAGGGGAGUGCGCCCCCCCAGAUCUGGUCAUUCUCGACGACGAGUUUUCCAUCAUCGACCGUGUCAACGGCAAAACAUUGAUCAACAUGGUGAUCGACCAUGCGGAACUCAAGCACAAGAAUGACGGAAAGAAUGCAUCUAUUAAUGAAUUCUUCGACAUAUUUCGAGAAUUUUUUUGCAAGCGGUCGGUCGAGAGUCGAGGGCCUGAAUGGGAACCAGUGAAGCUUGCGGCAAUUCCGCAAAAGACAAUUACCAGUUUCUUUGACAAGUUGGAAGGGCCCUUCCUCAAUCGAAAAUGGAGUGCUGCCGACAAAGACAACGACGCCGGCCGGGUUCCACAGCCGUGGCCUUGCGAGUUUGCGCCCCACGACAUUGAGUCCAGGUUCGAGGCCAGCGACGACAGGGACGACGGCUUGGAGGGUCGAGACGAUGACGCCUACGAGGACUAUGAGGGCUUCGAAUGA